AUGAAACAAGUGCUACAUAUCUGUUCGUUACACUUUGUAAUUUCUUUCUUGUUUCAUUUGGGAAGUGCUGAAAACAUCACAGUUGAAUAUCGUCUAUUUGCAAAUCAAGAUGCCACAAAUUACAUAUCCAUUAGUCCGACGAAUUUGGGUCCAUUUUCAUACAAACCCACCUUGAAGUAUAUUAUUUUAUUGCAUGGCUGGCAAGCUUGUAUUGACGAUCCUGCUUUUGCAACAACUACAGAAGCUUUCAUGAAACAUCCGCAAUAUGUUGUAAUAAGGGCUGGCUACGGAGAUGCUUUAAGCGAUUUAUUAUACUUCCCUGAUUUGGAAAAAGUACCGUUGAUUGGUGAACAAGUCGGCCAUCUGAUUGAAACCAUCCAUACCCAAAAAAAUGUUCCAACUACACGAUUUGAAGUUGUUGGUCACUCUCUAGGAGCACAUAUUGCAGGAAAAGCCUGUAGCUAUGUAAAACACAAGGUACGUUCUAAAUGUUUUCGAAUAUUUGGUCUGGAUCCUGCUGCACCAGGUUUUACGGAUCCACCUUUAGGCUUGAAAAAAGACGAUGCCUUGCGAACUAUUGUAAUUCACACAUCGAUAAUUGGGCUGUCGGAACCAAGAGGACAUUUGGACUUUUACCCGUAUGAUGGGAUAUCGCAAGGAAGUUGUGGUGACGAACAUGGCGGGGAUCACACCAUUGCAUAUUGGUACUUUACAUGUAGUAUUAAUGGAGAUUGUGAUAAAUUCAUUGGUUACUUAUGCGAUGAUUAUUGGUCUUUCCUUUUCGGAGACUGUGAGAAACAGUAUAGUGCAUCGAUGGGUUAUUGGCUGAAUAAUGAUGUAAAAGAAGGCAGCUAUUAUCUAAGCCCAGAUUGUUAA